AUGCCUGUCAUCUCACGUUUGUUUUCAGUAGUCCUCCGCAUUGCGGAGGUUGGCUUUGGUGCUGUCGUUGCUGGUAUCAUCGGUCACUAUCUUCACCAACAAAGCAACGGAUAUGGUGAUCCAUGGAAAGGUCGCGAGAUCUAUACCGAAGUUAUCGCUGGCCUAUCCAUACUACUCGGCCUACUUUGGUUGAUCCCAACCGCACAUACUUUCUUUAUAUGGCCACUCGAUGUCAUCCUCGCCCUUGCUUGGUUCGCAGCUUUUGGCCUGCUGGUUAACGCUUUAGAUACUGAGGCUUGUGGCGGUAUCUUCGACUGGGGCGGGCUUUGGAAUGACAAUUUCUGUUCUCGCUGGAAAGCUGCCGAGGCAUUCAGCUUUCUGUCUGCCAUUAUCUGGCUGGUUUCUGGUGCUCUAGGAAUCUACUUUGUCUGGCGCGUCGACCGAACUCGUUUUCACCGUAAUGGCUACGUGUACGGACGCUACAAUGUCUAA